GCUGGCCGUUGUGCUCGGCGGCUCGGGUAUCAGUCAGGAGCCGGCGGAUCGCGGUGGGACUUUAUCCUGCACGUACAUGGACACAACUAUUAUAAGUUGAUGUUAAGCCAAUGGAACGUGUAAAUUAUUGCUUCCUAUGCUGUUCUGUGAUUUUGGAACAACUUUGGGAUAAACGAGUGAAACAAAAGAUAAAGACUCCAGACACGGACUAUGUUUUGACACUUUUUUCACAUGGCCUCUAUUUUGUUUGUGCUGGGAGAAAGCAGAUUGCAGCAUCUACAAUAGUGCAUCCAAAAAGAACAGGUGGUGAUCCCUGGUUUAUAACUUCAAUUUGUAUCUAAUUCUAUCUAUUGCAUAAUAUUCUAUAGCAAUAGAUUUAUUUCAUUACAUCAGCUAUAUAAAAUAUCACUGAAGUGCCAGGAAGAAAUGCAGUCAAAAAUCCUGAGUUUCUCGUGGCUGUCAAAAAUUAAGAUUGCAGAAUGAUUACUGUGAACAGAAGAGGAAGAAAACGUCAGUUUCUGCACUUAAUUUUUACAUGUUUCUUCUUCUCCCUUGUCCUCCUUUAUUGGGAGCAACUGGAUGCAAAUGUCAUUAGUCAUGUGAAAUCUUAUUCAUACAGAUAUCUCAUCAAUAGAUACAGUUUUCUGAAUGAUAGCUUGACUUUGAACAAGGAGAUAGCAGUUAGCCUACAUAGUUACCAGUUCUUGAUAACUCAUGCAAACAAAUGCCAAGAUCAAGAUGUGUUGUUGCUUUUGUUUGUGAAGACAUCUCCUGAAAACCGUCCUCGGCGGGAUGCUAUCCGUAAGACAUGGGGCAAUGAACAUUAUAUAUAUUCGGAGUUCAAUGCCAACAUAAAAGUGCUGUUUGUUUUGGGUGUAUAUAAAGAUCCCUCCCAGCGUGAAGCUAUACAGAGUAGAUUACUAGUGGAAGAUUUACAACAUUCGGACCUUAUCCAGCAGGAUUUCUAUGAUGACUUUUAUAAUCUUACGUUGAAACUAAUCUUCCAGUUCAAAUGGGCAAAUAGUUUCUGCCAAAAUGCUAAAUUUGUCAUGUCUUCUGACGAUGAUGUUUUUGUACACACUCCAAAUUUAGUAAAAUACCUCUUACAACUGGAUAAAGGGAUACGUAAUUUCUGGAUUGGUCGAGUACACAGAGGUGCACCCCCUGUAAGGAAUAAAAAAAGCAAAUACUAUGUUUCCUAUGACAUGUACCAGUGGCCUGCUUAUCCUGACUAUACUGCAGGUGCUGCAUAUGUUGUGUCUCAUGACGUGGCAGCGAAGGUUUAUGAGGCCUUAAUGACCCUAAACAGCAGUCUUUAUAUCGAUGAUGUUUUUAUGGGCAUAUGUGCCAAAAAAAUGGGAGUAGAACCACAACAACAUAUGUAUUUUGCUGGUGAAGGAAAAACCCCUUACCAUCCUUGUAUUUAUAAUCAAAUGAUGACUUCUCACGACCAUGUGAAAGAUAUCUACCACUUGUGGCAAGAGGCAACAGACUCAAAAGUGACUUCUCUCACCUCUGGAUUUUGGGGGGAGCUUUACUGUCGGCUAGUCAAAGUGUUUCUUCUCUGCAAACCGUACUAUGUAGAUACAUAUCCUUGUAGUGCUGCAUUUUCUUAAUGCAGUAACUACAUGAAAAAUUGCACUGAUAUUUUUUUUUUUAAACUGUGUAUAGGACGCUGGCUGUGAAUAGACCUCAAAAGGAGCAGUUUUAAUUUUAGACCAAGUUGACCAGUAACUUGCCAGAGUGUUUUUGUCUAUCCAUAACUUUGAAAAUCAAAUCAAGUAUAAAACAAAGUAUCAACAGAUUUUACAAACUGGCAAAGCCCCAGAUUUGAGUACUAAAUGUUGCUACCACAGUGGCUGCUAGUAUACUUUCCCAGGGACUUGUCUAGUUGUGGGGGAAAUGGUGAGCAGUGAACAAAUCUAGGGACGUUUAAAGUUAUUAUCUAAAUAUCCCUAACGUAUUCUGCUAUGAAGCAUUUCACCAACUAGCAUGUAAACUUUUAAGUUAUUCAGUAAAACAAAAGUUGUGUACAAAACAAUUUCAUCAGAAUAAAACCAGGCUUACUUGUGUUACUUUUUUUUUGAGGCUCUUAAUUUGAUCAAUAACUCUUUUAUGAAAGAAAUAUUCAGAAUGUAUCAAAACUGUAUUUUUCAUGCAUGAUUACAAAGUAUCAGUUUGGAUGGAAAAGUUUACAUGGUUGAAAGUACAUAUCAUUUCAGUUGGUAGUUAUCAAUGCUGGUUAAUAAUUUUCAUUCCUCCCAAAAAUCAAUCAAAUUUUAUCUGAAUGUUUGGUCUCAAUUGUUGAAAAUAUUGUGGCCUAAUACAUGGCUAAAACUCUAAAUACUGAAGAGAAAUCCAUUUUGAAACAAGUUACAUGCAGAAACGAGUCUAACUCAUUGAGGAAUACUGGUGACAAGUUGUGGAAUUGGCAAAUAUUCCUUACUUUGACAUACAUGUGCAUAAACUGAAACAUUAGCUACAGUUUUAAGUUAAGCCAAUGGUUUGAAUGGAAAGACCAAAUUUGGAAAUAUUUUGAUUUGUCUUUGCUUUUUAUAUGAAGAAUUAAGUUCAGUCUUUGUUUUCCCAGUUUUUAUGAAGAGCUAGUGAUUCUGCUCUAGAUUGCUAGCAGUCCUAGAUUACAAUUAAUCAUAAGGUUGUAAUUUAAGUGCAGUAUGCUUUUGCACCUUUUGAAGGUAAAUGUUUGCAUAUUACAACUUCUCAUUAAACUUUGAGUACAGAAGUUGAAAAUCCAUUUUGAAUUACAAAACAUUACUAUUUAACCAUCUUAGAGAAUGUUGUGAUAUUAGCAAUAUCACAAUAUUAAUAUUUCACUUGGUGGAAAAUCUGAACACAUUUUCUAUUUAUGCAUACAUCAUAUGGUUCGAAGUUGGUCUGGUAGUAUCUUGAUUUAAAAUGGAUACCUCUAGUGCAUACAACAGAAACAUGAUUCAAGUUAACUGAUGACAAAACUUAAUCGACAUUCAUAAAUGUUAGUAUGUAACACCCAUGUUGAAUAAUCUGUACUUCUAAAAAUCUUACCCUAAUAAUCCACUCAUUUACUUAUCAAAUUUUUGAACAAUUACCAAGCUUGUUUUUAUAUCUUGGGACAGUUGGCAAAUUCAUAGCUUAUUGGCAAAAUGUGUAAAUUUCUAUUAUGGAGAAAGUCCUUGUGUAAACUUUUUGUUUUGUAACCUAUUUUCAUAUGAUUAUUAGCACCUUUUCAUUUAAGUAUGAAGUUUUAGUAUAAUGGAGGAAAGUAAAUGUCUUGAUGGAAGUUUUUUGGCAAUGUAAACUGUGCUCUAUACCAAACAAUAUCUGACAGCACACCAUAGACAAAAAUUCAAAUUUUAAAACUUCGAGAACUGCUAACCAAUGGAAAGCAGUUUUCAUAACUUUCCACCCUGCAUCAAUCACAGCUUUUAAUUCUGUCCAAGCAUCUUCCUUUGCCAUCCUUCUGGCAAAUUUUGCUUUCUCAUAAAGGUUAUAGCAUACUGUCUCCUAAUUCCCCUGCUACAAAACUGAAACUUAUUUUAUCCUGUCUUUUGAAGUUUAAAAUGAACCAAACAGGACAGCCUCUGAGAUGUUUGAAUUUCAUCACCAUUAACAGUGAUGUUAUCACUGCUUUUUCUGGGACCUGUAGAUAUUUCUGGCAAACUAAAUUGUGCUAAAACUAUGGAUUUUUCAACAAGCCAAUGGGGUAUGAUGGAAUCUUGAUAAGUAAACUGUCAGGUGCUAAACCAAUUUUUCGAUCUCUUUUGUUUUUAGAUUACUAUGUGGUGUGUAAUGUAAUGUUGCCUUUUUUAGGUUUGGUGUCUUCUACUUACACAGCUGUUAACUCUGCCUGUGCUUCACACUUGAUUUAUUAGACGUGAAUUUAUUCCUAGAAAAUCAGUUCGUAUGCACUGUCUUAUUGUGAUCUGUUCUGAUUUUGGGGUAAGGUAUUGGUAUUCAUUGUGCUAAAUCUGGCUGCUUUAGAUUUUUACAUCUGUAAGCAGGUUCCCCAUAUCAAUUGUGAAUGAAGACAAAAUUUAGCAGUGUGAUCACUUGGAACUGUUCCCUAGAUUCAAAACAACAGCACAAUAAUAAAAUGUGCUUAAUUGAAAUUUAGGUAAAUUGUCAUACAUUUCACUUGCAGAUGAAUCCUGCAAUGUCUGAAGAUUAGGAAAGUAAAGAUUAAUAACAUGGAUUCAGAGCAAUUUCAAUGGGUGCGGGGGAAGCUGGGUAAGCAAAAGUAUAGCACUUCUGAUACAGUACCAGUUUGUGAAGAACUCAGGGCCUGGUCUAAACAUACCUUUGCUGAAAUGUACAAACAUCAAUAAUAUGGAUAAUUAAUGAAAUGAAACACCAAGAUUUUACAGUUUUGAAAACACUAGUUCUGGGCAUUUAUGAAUGUGCAAAUUGCUUGAAACAUAAGGAAGUAAAAGAAACAUUUCAUGAGGGUGUUAGUGGUGCAACUGAGCAAAAACAAAUUUUAGUUUGUGUUCAAUUGUAGAUGUAAAGUUCUUAUUCACUUAAAACCAGUAAACAUUAUACUGUAAUUUUGUAGAUUUUUGACUUUUUUCUGGUUUUGAUCCAUUCAAUGUACAUUAUCUGAUUACAGAACAGUAAUUAACUUAAUCACAUACCUGUGGUAGUUGCCCUUUUUCUCUUUUGUCAAGGUGUGAUAUACUAAAUGUAGAUGUAUGAAUUUUAAAUGUGACCAUUUUAAGAUUAACUGGAACUAAAAAGGCUCCAUCUGUUAAAUUGAAUUUUUAAAAUUGGCUUCAUACUUCAAAAUUUUAGGGACUGGGUAGAGCAAGAAAUUGCAUUAUCUUCAUUUUUUGGGCAUACCAUGUUACCAAUUAUUGCUAAAUAGGCUGCAAAAUUCACUUUCUUUACAAAUUGCCAUUUUUAGUGAGCAUUAAUUUAAAUGGUGUCAAAUGUAACAAAAACACACUGGUAAGUAAAGGGGGCACUUUUUUGUUCUUUGUUAGACUAUUUUGAGGGACUUCAACUAUGCACCUGGACAAUGAUUUGCCAUACUUGUUGAAUGAGUGCCCAAUACUGCCAGAGGUGGAAAAUCUUUAAUUUUUCAAUACAGGUUUUCUUUCUUUUUAAUAAACAAAUGGGUUUCAAAUAAAUUGGUUCUAUUUUUAAAAGCAAUAACACUUAAUUUGGCAAACAUAAUGGGAAAAUAUGGAAUUGGUUAUUGGCAAGAUCUAGCCCACGUUUGCCAAAAUAGUAGCUUUCUCCAUGUUCAUGGCAAGUCAAAGAAACUUGAGGCAGUUUAGAAUUUUUCUCCCAUGUUGUGGUAUGAGUGGAAUUGUUUCAAAUUGUGCAGUGGGAUAGUUUGGAGAUGGGAAACCAUGUGAAAUGUUGUUUGUUUUUUUCUUUUGAAAAAAUGUCUGGAUAAUUUAAAACAGGAAGCUUUCAACCAAAAAAAAAUACCUCACUCUUUAAAAUUCAGACUACUUGUACUACUUCCUUUUUUGAAAUUUUAAAUAUGAAUGUCGGACAAGAACCAUGAAAAUUUCACAAGUGACAAUGUGAACCCUUCCUGAAAUGUACUAAUUUUUGUUGUUCCUUUUUCUAAACUAAACUAUUUAUCCUACUCUGCACUUGAAGCUUAAUUUUUAUUUUUUUUUGUAGAUUUAAUGCCUGUCCAUAAUACCUUUUUUUUUAGGGUACAUUUUUAGUAAACAAUUAUGCUUCUGCCACUAAAGAUAUACCCACUAACUUUGGAGGGAUGAAAGAGUGCAUUAUCUAAUGGGAGAAUGUAUUGCACACUUCCUCUUUCAUAUUUUUACCUACCUCACACAAACUUUUGUUUCCAAGAUAGCUCUGGCUAUUUAACUUAACAAGUUGAACAGUUUUAAGACAAAGCAGUUUUUGCAGUAGUACAGAAGUAGUUUGAAAUGCAAUGGCACUAUUUAAAGGUUUGUCUGUUGUUUGAAACUAUCUAUUUAAGCUUUCUAUAUUUCACUGUUAAACUUCACAAUUACAUGUGUUUUAAAAAAUGUAAUGUUACACAAUUAAACAGUUGCUUCAUGCUAGUUUUGCACCUCUAUUUUCCAACUCCUUAGAAAAUGUAUAUUUUUGUUAUUUUCAAAUGUGUUCUGGAAAUUUUGUCUGAGAAAAAUAAAAUUAUAUAAAAUAAACUUGCUUAACCUUCAGUUUGAAAAAAA